ACAAACACAGGCGCUUGUAGCGUUUAGCUGCAUACACGUGUUGAACUGGCGUUUAGACGACAUUGUAGUCGUUCUGCAGGCAACUUUGUAAUCGAGCAACUAUGUCUUCAGUUGAAUAUUUGAGAAACUUUGUAAACGAGCGACUAACUGCUGCUGCUGAAGAAAUAUUCGGAGUUUUUAAACAAACUAUCGUCGAGUACGAAGAAGAGAUCGACCGUCAGCGCAAACUGCUGGAAAACGUUUCCAAACCGGAGAUAAAGUUACUCAGGAUCGAGCCUCCACAGCAACAUGUCUGUAAGGAGGAGGAGGAGGAGGAGGAGGAGGAGGCUCCCGCCCAUCAGCAGCUCUGUAUUCAGCAGAGAGACUCCAGUCUGGACCAGGAGGACCCAGAUCCUCCACAGAUUAAAGAAGAGCAGGAGGAACUCUGCAUCAAUCAGGGGGGAGAGCAGCUUGACCUGAAGCAGGAGGAGACUGAUACCAGUACAUUGGCAACUACUUAUGGGGAAAGUGACCACAGUGAAGAUCAGACUAUUUAUAUUGCUACUGACAAAAGUGUAAACGCAACAGAGACAGAACUUCCCGGCAGCAUGUGUAUCAGUUGGCAAAAAGACGACUCCGACUCUGAAAAUUCUGAAGUAGCAGAACCAAAAGAAGUAAACCAGCUUCUCUUUCACAACUAUAUCGUAUCUCAACAUCAGAAUGGAAACAAGCGUGGAGAAUCAGGAUCCGGGACUUUCCGCGACACUCACACAGGCAAAAAAGUUUUCAAAUGUGACAGGUGUGAGAAAACUUUCAAGUAUAGGUCAGAUUUUCAGAGACACCUGAUGAUACACACCGGUGAGAAGCCAUAUUCUUGCAACUUGUGUGGAAAAAGAUUCAAUCAGAAAGCAAGACUGAGUGUUCAUCUAAGAAUCCACACGGGUGAAAAGCCAUAUUCUUGCAAAACAUGUGGAAAUUAUUUUAGAUAUAAGAGUCAGUUGACGGUCCACAUGAGAGGCCACACAGGUGAGAAGCCGUUUACUUGCGAAACCUGUGGGAAAGAUUUCAGACGUAGCGAUGAACUGGCAGCCCACAUAAGAAGAAUACACUAAUUUUUUUCCCCCUUAUGUCACUCACAUUUAUGUUUACUGUGUUUCCUUUUUAUUUUUUUUAUUAUAUAUAACACUAGACGUAUCAUUAAGUAUAAAGCUGUUCAUCAAGGCUGCAGAUGGGUGUGACUCACAUAAAAAUUAAAGGUAGUCAUCGUGAAGAAUGGUUACGUUAAAGUAUGAUUUGAUAUCAUUAAGUAGUGUGAUCAGUGCAGCGGUCUCUUUUUGGACAAAUAUGUAUUCAGUCAAGGAAUUAAAAUACAUGUACUUAAACUUUUUCAUUUACGUGCAGUAUUUAUUGUCCAGGGAGCUGAGAUCGUAUAUAAUUCCACACAGAGAAGAAAUUGUGAACCCUUCAAAUAAAAAUGAAAAAAAACCCAACAGUUUUUAAGUUUGUUUUUUUUUUUUUUGCGUUCCCUUCUAGCUUAGAGACAAGAUCAGAAAGUAGACCAGCAAGGAGAUGCAGGACCAGUUCUAAAUACAGAACCAAAACAAAAGAGAAGGAAAACUCACUUCACUUCUCAAAAACGUCUUUAAAAUGUGAUACUUGUGGGAACGAUUUAUUUUAAAACUGCGGCGACAACAAUAGCCAUAUUCUUGCACCACCGGGGACUUGGCGGCUGUUUGUGUUCAUUUUUGACAAAGUGAAUGCGAGGAGCAGACUGAUAGGCAUCGUGAGGUCCCGGGCUAUUAUGUUUGCUCGACAGACAGCUGUUGGAAAGUUAACAUUCAUGAUGCAACUUUUUACUCAUUAAUUCGUUUAAAAAAAUACUUUAGAAUAGAAAUCAUCAAAGAACAAAACAAACGGCUUCUUUACAUUAGUGUCCAGGACAUCCAUCAGUCAGCAUGGCAUGACAUGUCACACGUGAUGGAAAUCUCAGGCUUAUCAUGUUCAGUUUGUUCUCUUGAGAUCUCAAAUUAAUUAUGUCGUUAUCUAUGGAAAACACAAUUUCUUUAUCUCCAAAAAAUUAUCCCAUUAUCUUGGGAAAACAAAGGGGGUAAAAUGUAUUAAUGAAUGACUGCUUAGGGUUUCCACACAUCAUCAACAGCGCCAGCAAGUUUUGUUAAAUUAACCAGCUUUUAACCUUCGUAUGACUGCAUUACUCAUAUUUCUGUUUAAAAAAUUACGACUGAUAAGAUACAAGUUUAAAACCACUGAGAUCAAACAGCUGGUCAUUGAUUUUUUGUUUUGUUUUAUAUUAUCUUUGCACAUUGCAAGAUAGGAUAAUGUACUAUACUUUGCUUUACUGAGGUUGAUGUCUGUCUCUUUUGUCAUUAGUGACAGCUGUGUCAAUUGUGUGUGCCUUUUCUUCACUAUUGCUUGUAAUGUACUAGUUAUCUUGCACUGAAUGCGGAAAGACUGGUAUUAGCAAUCUGCAGAAGAAAACAUACACUUUUAA